AUGAAGAUCUUCGCCCUCGUCGUCGGCCUCCUGCUCCCGGCCGCCGCGCUGGCGUGCACGAGCGGAACGUACCGGUGCGACAGGUGCAACUGGCAGGACCUUGCGAACGGCGACCAGGAGUGGCUGUGCGCCGACAUUCAAGUCUGCAACACGAGCGGCCAGUGGGUCACGACGCACCGGUGCCGCGAUAUUCAGCAGUACUGGUGGUGCCGGCAGACGGGGCAGAACUUCCGGUGCGGGUAA